GAAGUGGACCUUAUUUUAUUAUAACCAACGUUUCUUGUUCUGCCGAUUUGUCGUACUGUGAUCUUAGAACUGAGCGAUAUAGUAUAUUUAGCACUUCAUGAAAAAUUUCUGAAGGCAAUUUGAGAUUAAACUUCCCGGCUAUCGUCGGAGGAUUUGAUGCCGGCUCUUUUUCAGUCCUGACGUAUGAUUUCACUGCGCAGAAACGUUUUGCGUGGUACGUGACUGGUCUGAAAACAAAUGUAAGUCGGUUAUUUUUCUACAGAACUGAAGCGAAUCGCUAAACUCAGUAAUCGCAUCCUUUCUGGUCAGCUGGUUCUGAUAGAUAGGACUCCUGUGGUUUAAUUAGCAGUGACUUGUCCGAUACCAAUAUUUGAAAUUACAAGGGCUAACUCGUUCUGUGCACGGAAGGAACAGGACGCAUAGAUCAUGGGCACUCCGACUAAAAGAUCACUGUUGAUGAUAAACUGUUUAUUCGCACUGGAGCUAUUGAUGCUCAACAGCAUUGGGACAUGCACUGCUGGCGAUAGUAAACUUAAAGUUUGCGUCGACGACUUCAAGACUUGCAUAAAUCAGCCACAAUUUAAAAAAUGUACGCAAAGUUUCCUAAUACCAAAGGUAAACAUGUCAAUUGUUUCAAGGAAUGGUCAGUCAGUUCGCUUCCGAUGCCUGGACUUCAGCAACAUCAAUACCUUACUUUUUGUGCCGUCAUUCACUUGGAUAAAAUCCAACCACACCAAAGAACAAUUGGAUAUUGAUAAUAACGCUUUUGAACACAUCCAUAGCCAUGGAAAAAAAUACUUUUUUAAGAGCAGCCAGAUUCGGCAAGACUUACAAGUGCAAUGGCUGACAGUCGAAAACGUGACUGCCUCGGAUUAUGGAUUGUAUACCUGUGUUGUUUGUACCAAGUAUGGACGACAUUAUCAAAGUGUUCUGUUUGAGCCUCUUCAACAAGACAAAAUAUUUACACAAAGUCUUCAAACCCCAAGACCAGUUUCGAAUCCAGCAGUGCCAACCAGUGACCUGACAACACCUACACCUACAUUCGCCCGUCAGAAACACCUGCAUUACCACCAAGGCACUACCAUAGCCUUAUUUGUGGUCGGGUCACUUCUUUUCAUCGUUGUCUUACUGGGAGUCUUAUAUGUACUGCGCAAAAAGAUCUUUAAAGCGUUCUAUUCAUCAGAGCUAACCUAUCCUGGAGCUUCUCAGUUCGUGGAAAUUGGAGUUCCUUCUCAGCGGGGUUCAUUUUGUGAUAGCGAAGCAAAUCGAAAGCUUAGCGCGGCGACCUCGAUUGCAAGUCAUAGAAAUUCAACAAGUUCUACAGCUCCAUUGAUGAAACCUCGUCAUAGCAGCGCUCGUGCACCAAACUCUGGCCAGAGCCAGAUGACAUACAUAUCCGAAGUAGAUGGUACAGAAGUAGCAGACGUCUUCGAAGUGGAAGCUGAUGAAUCCUGGGAAAUCCCUCGAGAACACAUGGUGCUUGAAGAAACAAUAGGCGAAGGAGCAUUUGGGACAGUUAUGAAGGCAACAGCCUACGGUCUAUCGGGGAAGCCAUCAAAGUAUACGGUUGCAGUCAAGACUCUCAGAGAUGACGCAAAGAAUCAAGAACUCAUCGAUUUUAUUGCUGAAAUCGAAACCAUGAAAAACAUCGGACAUCACAAGAAUAUUAUCAAUAUGAUUGGAACAUGCACUACGGAAGGACCAAUACUACUGGUUGUUGAACAUGCUUUCCAUGGGAACCUCAGAGACUUCUUGCGCAAUCACAGAUGUCCAAGCACAACCACUGACAUCCACUUUAAUAACAACCCUCACAAACAGCUUGAAGACGCACCUCUGACCAUUGGAGACUUGAUCUCAUUCUCGUAUCAAUCUGCUAAAGGAAUGGAAUAUCUUGCGUCAAAAAAGUGCAUUCACAGAGACCUCGCUGCGCGCAACGUUUUGGUAGCGGAAGACUACGUCAUAAAAAUAGCUGAUUUUGGAUUAUCAAGAAACCUAAACGACGCAGAUUAUUACAGAAAAACGACAAACGGCCGACUUCCCAUCAUGUGGCUGUCUAUAGAAGCUUUGUUUGAUCAAAAGUACACCCUCAUGAGCGAUGUAUGGUCAUUUGGUGUGUUGCUGUGGGAAAUCUUUACUUUAGGAAGUACACCAUACCCUGGGAUAUCACCUGAAACAAUUUUUACUCUACUGAAAUCAGGCUACAGAAUGGCAUCGCCACAGAACUGCUUGCCAGAAAUUUAUGCACUGAUGUUAAGAUGUUGGAGUGAGAAGGUGACUGACAGGCCAAUAAUGGAGGAAAUAGCAAAAGAGCUUGACUACUUUUUGGCCUCGUCUACAAGUGUGGAUUAUCUUGAUAUAAUAGCUCAGUCAAUGGACGACUUGUCACCAAAUAACAGUGAAGAGAAGAUACAAAAUAUAAAUACUGAUGAGACAAAUGUCUAGAGCAAUAUGAUUCAGACUAGUAAGCUAAACUUACUUCAAGCAUUAACGAGAUUACUAUGAGCAGAAAAUGUCUAGAACUUAGGCUGGCAGACGGUCUUAAACAGAGUUAAUGCAAGUUACUUGUAGUUUAAUAUGUGCCACAACUCUGGUUAACCUGAUAUAUAGUGACGUCAGAGAAAACAUUGGUGUACUUAUUCUGCUGUCAUUGGAGGUUGUAUAUAAAAUGAAGGGAAUAGUUUGAUACUGUUAUUACUCGAUCACUUUUCAUGAACUCAGACGAAACGACUAUAAUAGUGUAGUUUGAAAAAAGAUUAUACAAAUUUAUUUAUAUAGUGUGCAUUAUCUGUAUAGUAAGUUUAUAACAAACAAAUGCAAUUAAGCAUUUAUACAAAGAGUCAUACAAAGCACUUGGGUAUUGACAGAACACUUGAGAAGUGUAGAGAAGUGAUGAGAAGCACUCUGCUACGCAUCUUGCUUCUCCUAACAUUUUUUCAUGUUCUGCCAACCCAGCAUGCUAUAUAAUUGCACACAGCACACACAUACAUUUUCUAUUAAUUUAUUAAUGAUUGAUUGACCUAGCCAACAAUGAGAAAAAAAGUUACAGCUGAUUUCACAUAAUUGCUUGAUGUUAUUAAAAUCUAUAUCUUUAUGACAGUUUAUCCUAAAAUUGCAAACUGAUAAAACAGAACUAAUAUAUAUACAUAUAUUAUAUACAUGAAUAUAUAAUCGUACUAAAAUGUAAAAUGGUAACCGUCAAGUAAUGGAUCAAGUUAUGAAAAAAGUAAAAAUAUAGAAAUAAAUAUUAAAAAAUCUACAAUCUUAUUUGGAACAGCUAAUUUUCAUUCUUUUUGACCCCAUGAUUUGACUUGAUUUGAUGUAAUGAUUUGAUUUGAUGUAAUAAUUUUAUGUAAUGAUAAAAUUCAUAAAUUUAAAGUAAUAUAUAUAGUAUGGAGAUUACUUAUCAAACGUCUAGGUUAGUUCCUUUGUGUUUUACUAACAUUUUCAAGAUGAAUCUGGCAAAGUGAAUCUGGCCAAGAAAAUCCAUCUUAAAGUUUAUGCAAAUGAACAGGUAGACUAAGGAUUCUGUAUCUGAUUUACAAAACUCUUCACUGUCGUGAUUUCUGUUGUGUUUUGAAUUAUUAUGUAUCAUGAAUUAUUAAUGAGUUUAAUAACUAUUAUAAAAAACAUUUUGUAGGGAGCAUGCAUGCAAGUAUAAAAAACAUUCAUGAAAUAAUAAUAAUUUAUAUGAUUAUUUAUAGUUGACAAUUUGUAUAAAAACAAUAUUUUGUUGUCUUGAUAUACACUCAAUUGGAGAAUUGUUGUCAGGUUCAGAAACAUAUAACUUAGAAGCUGAGACCGAAAUGGCACAUGGGGAGUAAAUAAGCAGUUUCGUCUACGUUGCAACCUAUAAAAAUGUGAAGUCCGAACGGCUCUCAAACGCAGGUCUUCUUAAUGCGCGUUUGGCAUUCUAAACUGACUGCAUGGAUGGUGCAAAUGAAUAAGAUUAUAAUAUAAUUAUGUCAUUUCCCAUGUGCCAUUUCGGUCUCAGCUUUUAUAUUCUAGGUUUCUGAACCCAACAACGAUUCUUCAAUUGAGUGUAAACAUUUUAUAUUUAUGAUAAAUGAUGUGUAUUAAUUGAAACUAACAUAGACUAAUAGGUGAAUAAUAAAGUUUCUUUUUAUGGUAAUAAAAAA